CGAGUGCGGGGGAGGGGAAGUUGUGUUGAAAAAGAAGAUGAAAACCCGUGUUUAUUUUUGAAACGCGAAAAGUGCAGUGCCGAAAUCAGCCAAAAGCGAAGGAGAUGAGAAAAACGCGCAGAGAUAAAUGAAAUGAAAAGUUAAAAAUAAAUAUAUAUGCCAUGCGGCUGGGAGCAGGCGAACGAAGAAGAAGAGUGCCGCCCCGCCCGCCCGCAGCAUCCCAAACUACAAAAUUCAUUCACGGCGCACAUGUUUUUGUGGCCAUUGCUGUGUUGUUGCCUUCGCCGCCUCCGCUUCGCCUGCUCGUUUAUCCUGCCAUCCUUCUUGGCCGCUCUCCCGAGAUUCUGAUUCGAUUUUUCCCACUCAUCUGCUGGCGCUUUCCCUCUCUCAGGCGACAGCAUCGCUCUGCUCUGCUCUCUCUCAGCUGCUUUGUUUGUUCGCCUUUCGCGAAAAUAUAUAUGCAAUUGUAAUAAAAUCGUCAAAGUCAAAGUGUAUCUAAAGAAAAGGAGAAACAAAAUUGUGCCAAAAACCAAGAGUAUAAUCAAAAUAAAUCAAAUAGAAUUUGUAAAACAAAUGUUAUAUUUGCAAAACAGAGAAUAAGUGAAAAAAAAGAAUAGUGAACUACCCUUGUUGUUGGCCAACCCCCAACAAAUACACGCAGAGAAAUUGUCGAGUGCAAAAAGCAGAGAGGAGUUAACACCAUUUGCGACGCCACUGUGAACAUAAAAAGCCGUCAAACUGUGGGGCUCAGGGGCAUUUUUUCUUCCUCCGCAAGGAAUGUAUUAUCCGCACAUGGUGCAGGCGGGCGUGGCGCCUUUUCCGGGCGCUCCGGCCGGCUAUGCCGCCGCACCGAAUCCUGCAGCAGCGGCUGUUGCAGCAGCGGCCGCCGCUCAGCAGCAGCAACAACAACAGCAGCAGCAGCAGGCCCAGCAACAGCAGCAGCAACAACAACAACAGGUGGCCGGAGGACCGCCCACCGCUGCCGACAGUUUGUCAAUGGCGGUGGCAGCGGCGGCUGCAAAACAGUCUGCCGAUCCAGUGACCCAAAUGAAGUCGGGCGGCGAGGCCGCAGGAUCUGCCAGCAACAAUAACAACACAGCUGUGGUGGCAGGAGCGCCAGGAUCCGCCGGAGGCUUGACCACAGAAUAUUCAACUGGCUGCGGGGGCGGUGGUGCAUCAACGGCCAAUCCGGUGGUGGUGGCCACCAGUGUUUCCGACGUUGUCAAUGCCUCGCUGUACAUGCAACAGAAGACAAAUCUGUCAACACAAACACAGACACAGUACGAGUACGAGUACAAUGGAACCAGCCUCGCAGAACCAAGAGUCCCAGGUCCCAUUCCGCUUCCACUGACAAAUGGACAUGCCAUGGACCAAGUGCAGCAGCAGCCACCAGAACACCAGCAGCAUCUGCAAUCAUCGCUGCCCCCACAAAAUGUGCUCAGCAUAUCCACAGUAUUGAUCGCCAAUGAGGCAGCAGAUUCCCAACAGAGCUCCGCCAUGCCCAAUUCUGGUGGCGUUAAUACUGGCGGCGGUGGCGGUGGAGGCGGUGGCACACCCAGUUCACCGCUCAGCAGCUCCCCGUCCAGCGUAACAACCUCGCAGGCGGGCGGAUGCGGACUGACUCUCAACGGCAGUGCCACCGAGGGCAGUAUGUCCGGGGAUACAUCGCCGGUGGCCAGUGGUGAGCCGCUCCUGCAGACGCCGCCCGCCCUCCAACAGCAACCGCUCCUGUGCAGCAGUCCCACAUCGAUGCAAUCGGCUGGUACUUCGGUGACGGGCAGCUCGAUAGCAUCCGGCACAUUGGCGGCAACCAGCAGCAGUGGCGUUGGACUCUUGCCCACCACCGGAUUGGACAGCAUUGCCAAUGGUGGUGCAGCAGGUUGUGCCGUAGUGCCGGCCAGCACAUCGCAGGUGAUCGCCCACCUGAAUGCAGCUGCCGCAGCGGCCAGCGGCAUCAUGUCGCCCACCGCGAACGUGGCCACUAGUCUCAGCAGCGCUCUAGUCCCGGCCCAAUCGGUCGCCGUCGCCGCGGCCGCCUCCCUCGAUGCCAAGAGUCAGCCGAAACGGCUGCACGUCUCCAACAUACCGUUCCGCUUUCGGGAUCCCGAUCUGAGGGCCAUGUUUGGGCAAUUUGGCACCAUUCUGGAUGUGGAAAUCAUUUUCAACGAGCGCGGCAGCAAGGGAUUCGGUUUUGUAACAUUCGCUAACAGCAACGAUGCAGAACGAGCACGCGAACGUCUACACGGCACCGUGGUUGAGGGACGCAAAAUCGAGGUGAAUAACGCCACUGCACGUGUACAAACCAAAAAAGUGACAACAGUACCCAACGUUGUACUGACCAAAGAUGGUGCCAUACCGGCCCCAGCUCUAGUCUGCGUACAAUGGCCAGAAGCCGCCGUUGCCGCCGCAAUGCGUGGAGUGGCCAUCCAGCGCGGACACGUGGGCGUGGUCGGCGCCGCCCCCUACCAUCAUCCCCAUCAUCCGCAUCACCAUCCGGCGCUGCUGGCGGCCUCCGCCGCCGCCGCCCAACAGCAGCAGCAACGCCAACUGGCCGCCGCCGCCGUGGCCACAGCAGCAGUCGCCCAACAGCAGCAGCAGCAGGCCGUCGUACAGCAGCAACAGCAACAAGUUGCUGCCGCCGCCCAGCAGCAACACCAGCAGCAGCAGCAACAGCAGGCGGUGCAACAGCAACACCAGCAACAGCAGCAACACCAACAGCAGCAGCAGCAACAGCAGCAACAUGCCGCCGCAGCCGCCGCCGCAGCUGCCGCUUCGCAUCCGCAUAUGCAUGCCGCCCAUGCCCACGCCCACGCCCACGCCCUUGGCCCACAGUUGGCGCAACUCCAAGCGGUCGCCGUGCCCACGGCAGCCAGUAAUGCAGCAUUGCAGCAAUCCUUGGCCGCUGCCAUCCAGAAUCCGAGCGGUAAUCCAAAUGCUGCUGCCGCCGCCGCCUAUGCCGCCCGUCUGUCGGCGGCGUCGGGCGCCACACAAUCGUCGCAAUCGGCCGCUGCUGCUGCGGCUGCUGCUUCCAUGGCUGCGUCGGCCAAUGCGGCCAACAAUGCGGCCGCUUUGCAUGGAUUCGCGCCUGUAUACUAUGAUCCCUUCUUAGCAGCCGCUGCUUCCGCUGAUCCAAAUCUACGCUUCCAGGCAGCCAAACCGGUCACUGAAGUUCCAGCCGCUCAGCCAGCCGCCAUAUUAAAUGCCACUGCUCCGCUGUUAAAGACACCGCUGUCUCAGGCCCAGCAGCAGGCGUACGCCACGGCGGCCACCACCUACACGGCGGUAGCCGCCCGAGCCGCCUAUGGAGCCGCUGCCGCAGCAGCCGCCCAGCCGGCACUAGCCGGCUACGCCACCGUAGCUGGAUAUGCGCGCGAAUAUGCAGAUCCUUAUCUAGGACAUGGCAUUGGACCCGUUCCUGGAUACGGGGCAACCAUGUACCGCGGUGGCUUCAAUCGUUUCACGCCAUAUUAAGAACAAUCUACGCCAGUCAGCCAAAUAAUGCACUUGAACUACUCUCGAUGAAAAUGCUCAAUAUAUGAACAAAGCAAAGCAAAUAAGUAACUUAGACGUAAAUACUCCUCCCUACGUGCAGUAAGUAGAAGUUACAACUAAACCGAUAGAUGCAGGAUACUCAAACCCCAACAGCAACCACGGCAACACCAACAACAGACGCUCAAAGUCCUUGGAGAGUUGAAAAUCAAAGCUAAGCAACAAAGAAACAAAAAGAACAUAAACAAAUCAAUGUCGUCCAGUAAAAGCAAAAAAGCUAAACCAAAAAGAAAAAAGUACGCCGCUAAACGCAGUUCUAUGGAGUUUAUAUAAGUAAACCUAACAAAAAGUGAAAAAAAAAUAUUAAAACAUAAAUUCAAAUUGCAAAAUAGUUUUGCAGAGAAUGAAAAAAAAUGUGCUUCAUGCGUAGAUUUUUACCAGAACAAAAGCUGAAACUUUGUGCGGCAGAUCAGAAUUUAUAUAUAUAUACAUAGCGACAUGAUAUAUAGUUAUUAUAUACAUAUAGGCAUUGUAUUUGUAUAUCAAAGCAACCAGGAAAAAGAGCAAUGUUUGAGGUACUUUUAAUGCUGAAACAUCAUCAAAAAAAUAUAUAUAGACCCUCGGUUGUUGAUUUACAAAACUUCGUUGAACUAAUUUAGUCCUUAUGAUUUACAAAUUAUUUUUAUUAGCAUUGUAGUAUGUAGUAAGGGAAUGUAACAAUGCAGCCACAUUAACAAAUCAAAUUGUAUAUUAUUUGCAAACUGUUAAAGCACAAACAAAAAUAUAUAUUUAUUCGUAUAUACUUUAGAUCGAUAUCUCUAAUUUGAUUACCCAAAGAAUACUCAUUUCUGUAUUGUACUGUAUUGUCAACGAAUUUAAUUUUAAUGCAUUGCUUGGUUGUUCCUAAUAAUUUUAUAUUUUGGCAGCUAAACCACUCACUCAACUCACGACUCAAUUCGAAUUGCUCAAAAAAAUUGUAGCGCAUAGGUAAAUGCAAAAGAUCAACACGUAGACAUAUCCUUGAAAUAUACAAUAAUAUUUACUUUAAAUGCCGCCAUAGCAGCAAAGCGACAGCAAAAAAAGAAAAAUGAAAAAAAAUAUUAGUUUUAAAAAGUCAAGCUUCCAGUGACAAAAAGCCAUUGAUGAAUGAUGUGGAAAUCGAAUAAUAAGCAUUAAAAAUUACAAUUUUUAGCUCUUACUCCGUAGCACUUUCCUUGUGUGUUGUGUAAAGAAACAAAAAAAAUGAAAAAGAAAAAGGAACGUCGUUUCGAUGUUGUUCAUUUUCGGUCUAGACCGAAGCGAAACUUCCCUAAGCAAACUAAGAAUUUAUUUUAUACACACUUGAAUCUAAUGCACACACAAAACAAAAAUGAAACCAAGAAACUUUUAACGUUGUGUAUUUUUCAAAUGUUAACGAUUAAAUGCUCAAUGGAAAACAACCAAACAAAAAGAAGUCGUUCUCUAUUUUGAUUCUUAGGCAGCUACUGUCGUCAAAAUUAUACUAGUUGUUUAUCAACCAUACUAUGCUAAAAGAAAAAAACAAGCUACUAAUUAUUGUGUGUGUGUAAUCGUGCAAUCCUUUAGGUGUUCUUCGAAUUUCCUUAAAAAUCUACUAACAAUUACUUGAAAAGAGGGAUGAAGUGAGGAAUGAAAAUUUCAUCAACUCCAAAGAGCUUCAACUUUGAUGUUUUUUUGUUUAACUAAUCACUUAGCAACUGUCUCAGAUUGUACAUAUUUAUGACGACAUAUGGUAUUUUACCUUAUUCCUCUUAACGCACACACAAACAACACACGCACAGGCUAGGGUCCUGGGAAAUCGAAGCAAUUUAUGGCAUACUCAUUGUACCCUCAUUAAGAGGUACCUUUUGUUUGAUUCUCUCUCAUGAACAUGCAUUGAUAUACUAUUUUUACGUUGACAUUUUUAAAGCCAAAGUCUAUAUUUUAAAUGAUUUUAGUUAGGUAUUAGUUUAUAUGCUGACGACAGACGACACAGAAGGAUAAGUAAAUGAUUACGAACUAAAGGGAAAACAAUAAAGAAAAACAAAUCGAACCCAACAAUUGCCAAAUUAAAAGUAGCUUUCAAGUGAAUUAUAAAAUAAAGACGUAAUUAAAUUUAAUGAAUUUUUCAACUAGAGCAAAAAAUAGUUUGCCAAAAAGCCUAGUAUACUUUUUGGCCCACCCCGAUCGCACACCAGAACACACAGAUAUUUGGGUUUGAUGAGCAAAGGCAAGAGGGAAACCAUCUAGUUAUAGAACAAACUUAAAUAUAAUACGGUAUGGUAUAUACAUUUAAAUUAUGAACUCAACUUCCACCGCAAACUUUUAAAACAAACGAAAAACAAAUCUAAGAAAAACACAAUUUUUGUCUUAAGCAAUGCGUUGAGGAAAGUCAACCUACAAUUAAAUUAUAAAAGCAAACGCAACUCAAUCAAACACUGCAGCUAUAUGAUAACAAUACGAUAUAUGAUGUAUAUGAUAAAGUCUUCAUUUAACCCGAUCCAUUUUGUGACCCCCAAAAAACUGUAAUCUGUGUAGUCUAACCAUAAGCCAGCGCCAGCUUUUGUUUACUUUCACAUAGAUCAGAUGCCUAGGCGUCAUAUAAAGUAUAAAAAUAAAGUAUAUAAAUAUAUAUUAUAUGAAAACUCUAAUCUUUAAUGAUGUGCCAAAUUGUAAGUUGUACCAUUUGUUUUUAUGAGCAAAUGCAAAACACAAAUUGAAAUAAAAAUAUGAAAUAAAACAUAAAACAUUGAAAAUAGCAUUACAGUUUUUCCCCUCCCGCAAGCCCCAAAAAGGAAAUAUGCAAAACAGAAAGCCUAUUUUGAUUUUUAAACAUUUAGAUGGUAAUGGAAAAAUAUUUUUUAAAUUUAGCAUUGUGUAUAGGAACGGGCAAGGCUGCAAAAAAAAGGCCAAGCCGAGCGUUCUCAGGCGCUACCUUACAAAACAAAAUUGAUAAUAGAACCGCAGAGAUGAUAAACAAGUAUUAUAUUAGUAACAAUCGCAGAACAAAGCCCAACCAACAGCAAACACAAACAAACUAAAGGUAAAUCCAGCUCAAAUUUUAUUUACUCGACAUACAAAUACCGUAAGGUAUUGAAUGAGAAAUUUCAAUAAUAAACGUACACAAUUUCCAAAACUUUUUGGUUUAUAUCAAUUUUCAAUUUGUAAGGUUGUGACAAAUUGUAAACAAACAUAGAAAACAAAAAUGAAACAUGAAACCAAUCCAUGAAAAAUUGUAAUAUUGUUUGUGAAUGGCAAAUAAAAUAGCAAACAAGUGGAAAACAUUUGAGAUUCAUACAAAAUACAUUUGAAAAGAACGCCAGAAGGAAAGAGCGAGAAAUGCAAUAAAAAUAACUUUAAAAAAUGCAAAA